AUGACUCUCGGUGUAGACCUGGUCAACUCUCUUGUCCCACCCACUGCAUCCUGCGACUCUGAUCAACUGCUAGUACAAAGGACCGACAAGAUGAGCUCUGUUGAGAAAAUGAAGGCUGCGACUCAGGCAUAUGGAACCCAACCUUUCAACCAGCUUGAACAGGUUGAGACUCAACAUCAAGGGACGUUCCGAACGGUCGAGCUCUCCACCUUGGGUCUCCGGCAAGAGACCCAGCGGGACAUCGGACCUCUCGAUACCAUCUGUGUCGGUUGGAAUAUCUGCAACAGUUGGGCCGGAGUGGCAGCGACUUUGGCUUUGACAAUUGCUCAAGGUGGCUCAGUGACGCUCAUUUAUGGGGUUGUCGUCUGUUUCAUUAUGGUUGGGUGCAGCGGAUUGACCAUGGGAGAGCUUGCUUCGGUCUACCCGACCGCUGGAGGACAGUAUCAUUGGACAUCUAUUUUAGCUCCCCCAAAGGCGAGCCGGUUCUUGAGCUAUGCAUGUGGUAUCACCAACGCCUACGCUUGGAUUGCCACCACGGCUGGCAUCGCCAUCAUUGUUCCGCAAGUUAUCCUGGCCAUGGUCAUCCAUUACCAACCUGACUACGUGCCUCAAACCUGGCAUUAUUUCCUCCUUUAUCAGGCUGUCAACUUCCUGGUUUGCAUGCACAACAUCUUCUCGCUGAAAAAGACCAUGUGGGUCAAUGACGUCUCAUUCGUUGUCACUCUGACUGGCUUCGUCACGAUCAUCGUUACCUGCCUCGCCCGAGCACCCACGAAGCAGAGCAGCGAGUUUGUCUGGACGAAUUUCGUAAACGAAAGUGGCUGGCCGGCUGGUAUCAGUUUCCUGACUGGCCUGGUGUCACCUAACUACAUGUACGCCGGGAUUGACGGCGCAAUCCAUCUGGCGGAAGAAUGCAAGCAGGCCGAGAAGGUCGUGCCCAGGGCUCUCGUCAGCACUUUAACCAUUGGCUUCAUCACAAGCUUCAUGUUCGCGGUGUCGAUGACAUACUGCAUUACGGAUUUUGACGCCGUGCUUAGCACACCUACUGGUUUUCCCAUCUACGAGAUCUGGCUACAGGCGACCCGAUCCAGCACCGCAGCCACAAUCUUCAUGGCCAUUCUCCUCACAGCCGCCACGGUAGCCCUCAUCGCCGUUCAGCAAACGGCCUCACGCCUGACCUGGUCUCUCGCACGAGAUAAAGCUUUGAUCUGGUCCGGAUUCAUCGGCCACGUCCACCCAUCCCUGCAAGUUCCGGUUUGGGCGCUCCUGGCCAACAAUACCAUUGUCUUUAUCAUCGGCUUCAUCUUCUUGGGAUCUUCGACCGCCUUCAAUGCCUUCAUCGGGACGGGCCUUAUCCUACAACAAGCAACGUAUGCCAUCCCGGCAGCCCUGUUGGUGUAUCGAAGGCGGUCUUCGAUGUACCUACCCAUCAACAGGCCAUUCAAGCUAUUCAGCCCGUUCGGCUGGACGGUCAACCUCUGCACGAUUGCGUUCGCUAUCGUGGUCCUGAUCUUCUACGACUUCCCCGUUGUCAUCCCCGUGAGCGGUUCAAACAUGAACUAUACAUCUGCUGUAAUCGGGGUUAUGGCCUUAUUUGCUGUCAUUAAUUGGAUCCUAUAUGCUGGGAAGUCAUACCACGGCCCAAGGUUGGACUAAAAGAAACAAGUGCCUCAGUGAUGCUGGUGGUGGCUGUCCGCAAACACGGCAUUAAAGGGGUUGGGAACGAAAAUUACAUAACGUGCUUGGAACGAUCUCCAUUAGAAGGAGAAAUGGCUUCGCAGUUUAGCACUCUCCUCGGUUGAUGCUUGUGCAUUGAGUGUAAUGACAAUUAGCUCGCAUAUAUGG